GUCAACGGGAGCGUCAGAGCCGUGCAUCCAGGGGUUCAGACGGUGAUCGUCUGCUGCUGCAGUGUGCACGCUGAAGGCUCACCCCCCACUGUCUGACCACCCAGGACUCCUACCUGCCAGCAUGGCGGACCAGUACCAGUACAACGCUAGCGAGGAGAAGAUGGUGAAGGACAGCCACACCAAGGAGAUCGAUCUCAUCAACAGAGACCCCAAGCAAAUCAAUGAAGACGUGGUGAAGGUGGAGUUCGAGGACGUGAUAGCGGAGCCGGACGGUACCCACAGCUUGGAUGGCGUCUGGAAGCUGAGCUACACCACCUUCACCGUGUCCAAGUACUGGUGCUACCGCAUCCUGUCGGCCAUAUUCGGCAUCCCCGUGGCUCUGCUGUGGGGCUUCCUGUUCGCCUGCAUCUCCUUCUGCCACAUUUGGGCGGUGGUGCCGUGCAUCAAGAGCUGCCUGAUCGAGUCGCAGUGCGUCAGCCGCAUCUACUCCCUCUGCAUUCAGACCUUCUGCGAUCCUUUCUUCGAAGCCUUGGGCAAGAUCUUCGGCAGCGUGCGCGUGGCACUGCGCAAAGAAGUCUAAAAACUUGUUAAAUGCGAAUGUCGGAUGAGCUCUGAUAUCUUUUUCUACAACACAUAUUCCAAAAAGUACACUUGCUGAUUUGGUUUUUCUUUAAAAAAAAAAAAAAAAAAAAGCCUUAAAAAGACUUAAAUUUUUUUUUUAAUCUGAUCAUUUAUUAUUUAUGGCAGCGGAGCCCAAAACUUGUAAGCAGCAGUUGUAUUUUUUUUUUUUUUACAUUCUAAAAAUAUAUUUAAAACACCAUAAAUUGAAAAAUCAUCAGUAAUUGAACAAGAAUAAAGUACAAAUAUGAAGAGAAAAAAAUUGUAAUAUUAUGAGGAAAAAUAAUGUCACUUUGGUAGCAUAAAGUUAAAAUAUUCCUAAGAAAAACAUUUUUUUUUUUCAAUUCAUAAUAUGUGAAAGAAACAAAACAAGACAUUGUUAUGGAAUAUUAGGUUGGGGGAAAUGUAUGGUAAUAAAGUCUGAAUAUUAUGACAAAAAAUGAUCACGAUUAUUCAAUAAAGCUGAAAUAUUUUGGGGAAAAAAGUGGAGAUGCCGUUUGUUUUGAAAUAUAUAUCAUUUCUUAGUAUUUGGUUUAAAAAAUAUGAAAGUGCGAGGAAAAUUAUUGUCACUUUGGUAGCAUAAAGUUGAAAUAUUCCUAAGAAAAAAUUUUUUUUUUUCCAAUUUAUAAUAUGUGAAAGAAACAAAACAAGACAUUAUUAUGGAAUAUUAGGUUGGGGAAAAUGUAUGGUAAUAAAUAUUAAAUAUUAUGACAAAAAAAUGAUGAAGAUUAUUCAAUAAAGCUGAAAUAUUUUGGGGAAAAAAGUGGAGAUGCCGUUUGUUUUGAAAUAUUUAUCAUUUCUUAGCAUUUGGUUAUAAAAAAUAUGAAAGUGCGAGGAAAAUUAUUGUCACUUUGGUAGCAUAAAGUUGAAAUAUUACUAAGAAAAAAAACUUUUUUUUCAAUUUAUAAUAUGUGAAAGAAACAAAACAAGACAUUGUUAUGGAAAAUUAGGUUGGGGAAAAUGUAUGGUAAUAAAUAUUAAAUAUUAUGACAAAAAAAUGAUGAAGAUUAUUCAAUAAAGCUGAAAUAUUUUGGGGAAAAAGUGGAGAUGCUGUUUGUUUUGAAAUAUAUAUCAUUUUUUAGUAUUUGGUUUAAAAAAUAUGAAAGUGCGAGGAAAAUUAUUGUCACUUUGGUAGCAUAAAGUUGAAAUAUUCCUAAGAAAAUUUUUUUUUUUUUUCAAUUUAUAAUAUGUGAAAGAAACAAAACAAGACAUUGUUAUGGAAAAUUAGGUUGGGGAAAAUGUAUGGUAAUAAAGUGUGAAUAUUAUGACAAAAAAAUGAUGAAGAUUAUUCAAUAAAGCUGAAAUAUUUUGGGGAAAAAAGUGGAGAUGCCGUUUGUUUUGAAAUAUAUAUCAUUUCUUAGCAUUUGGUUUAAAAAAUAUGAAAGUGCGAGGAAAAUUAUUGUCACUUUGGUAGCAUAAAGUUGAAAUAUUACUAAGAAAAAAAACUUUUUUUUCAAUUUAUAAUAUGUGAAAGAAACAAAACAAGACAUUGUUAUGGAAUAUUAGGUUGGGGAAAAUGUAUGGUAAUAAAUAUUAAAUAUUAUGACAAAAAAAAUGAUGAAGAUUAUUCAAUAAAGCUGAAAUAUUUUGGGGAAAAAAGUGGAGAUGCCGUUUGUUUUGAAAUAUUUAUCAUUUCUUAGUAUUUGGUUUAAAAAAUAUGAAAGUGCGAGGAAAAUUAUUGUCACUUUGGUAGCAUAAAGUUGAAAUAUUACUAAAAAAAAAAACUUUUUUUUUCAAUUUAUAAUAUGUGAAAGAAACAAAACAAGACAUUGUUAUGGAAUAUUAGGUUGGGGAAAAUGUAUGGUAAUAAAUAUUAAAUAUUAUGACAAAAAAAUGAUGAAGAUUAUUCAAUAAAGCUGAAAUAUUUGGGGGAAAAAAGUGGAGAUGCCGUUUGUUUUGAAAUAUAUAUCAUUUCUUAGCAUUUGGUUUAAAAAAUAUGAAAGUGCGAGGAAAAUUAUUGUCAUUUUAGUAGCAUAAAGUUGAAAUAUUACUAAGAAAAAAAACUUUUUUUCCAAUUCAUAAUAUGUGAAAGAAACAAAACGACACAUUGUUAUGGAAUAUUAGGUUGGGGAAAAUGUAUGGUAAUAAAGUGUGAAUAUUAUGACAAAAAAAUGAUGAAGAUUAUUCAAUAAAGCUGAAAUAUUUGGGGGAAAAAAGUGGAGAUGCCGUUUGUUUUGAAAUAUAUAUCAUUUCUUAGCAUUUGGUUUAAAAAAUAUGAAAGUGCG